AUGUGGAACCACUUCACCAUAGUGGAAGGUGAUGAGAAAAAAGCUAAAUGUCAAUACUGUGGAGUCUUAAUUAAGUAUAGUAAUGGAACAAGUACUAUGCGGACACAUCUAGGUAGAUGUACUGUUUACGAUAAUGAUAAAACCCAACCAAACAAAAGGAGAAAAACCACUUCAGACGGGAAAGUAGUUUGUUCGCCAAGAUAUUCUAAAUUUGAUCAAGAGGAUUGUCGAGCGCUACUUGUGAAAACAUUUGUGUGUGCUGAGCUUCCAUUUUGUUUUGUGGAGAAUGAAAUGUUUAGAAAGCUAUUAAUCACCUUGCAACCUCGGUUUUCUAUCCCAUCAUGGUCUACAUUGAGGCGUGAUAUUUGGGCGCUCUACCUUGAAGAAAAGGAGAAAUUGAAAAAAUUAUUGCCAAAUUAUGGAAGAGUUUAUUUGACCACCGACAGUUGGACUUCAACUCAAAACUUAAGUUACAUGAGUUUGACCGUGCAUUUUGUAGAUAGUGAGAAAAUCAUCAACUUUUGUCAAAUCACGGGGCACUCGGGUCACAUGAUUGGGAAAUAUAUUGAUGAUUACUUAAGAAGUUGGGGGUUGAGUCAAGUCUUGACCAUAACGGUUGACAAUGCAUUAGCAAACACCUGUAUAAUUAACUAUCUAAGCAUAAGGAUGGGGUCUUGGAAUAAUCUUGUUUUGAAUGGGGAAUUUGUCCACAUGCGUUGUUGUACGAAUAUUUUGAAUUUAAUUGUAAAAUCGGGAUUGAAGGAGGAUAAAAGUUGCAUAAAAAAAAUAUGUCAUGCAGUUAAAUAUGUCAAAUCUUCUCCUAGCAGACUAGCCAAAUUUAUGGAAUAUGCAGUGAAGGAAAAAGUUACAUACAAAGGUGUUGUUAUCCUUGAUGUUGAAACCAGAUGGAAUUCAACUUAUUUAAUGUUGAAGGCUGCCUUACAGUAUCAAAAAUCUUUUGACUUGUUCUAUGCACGAGAUAAGACAUUUCGUGAAGAAAUGGACAACACAAAUGGGGGAGUUAAGAAAGAGGAUUGGAUAUAUGUUGCAUCAGUGCUUCCCUUGCUUGAGAUGUUUUACAAAUCUACAAAUCGUUUGUCUGGAUCAUUAUAUGUCACUAGUGCUUCAUAUAUGGCAGAGGUAUUCUCUAUUGGAAAGGGGAUCAACAAGUAUUUAGAGAGUGACAAUGAGCACAUUAAAAACACGGCAGAGAAGAUGAAAUGCAAAUUCAACAAGUAUUGGAGAAAUCCGGACACAAUAAACAUCUUACGGUUGAUUGCUUUUGUUCUUGAUCCAAGGGUGAAAUUAUCUAUUGCGGAGUUUUAUAUUAGUCUUUUAUAUGCUGACACUGGAAAUGUUGAUGAUCUAAAGAAAAAAAUUGAAGUCUUCUCUUUCAGAACUUUAUGCUCAAUAUCGAGGUGUUGA